AUGGGUAUCAAACACCUCUACCAAGUCAUCAAGGAGAACUGCCCCGAUGCGAUCAAGGAAGGCGAGAUCAAGGCCCAAUUCGGCCGCAAAGUCGCCAUCGAUGCCUCCAUGUCCCUCUACUCCUUCCUGGUCGCCGUCCGCAGCAAUGGCGAACAGCUCAUGUCCGACACGGGCGAGACCACCUCUCAUCUCAUGGGCAUGUUCUACCGCACUCUCCGCAUCGUCGAAAAUGGAAUCAAGCCACUGUAUGUCUUCGAUGGCGCACCGCCCAAGCUCAAGUCGGGAGAGUUGGCGAAGCGUUUUCAGCGCAAAUCUGAAGCACAGGAGUCGCAUGAGGAGGCCAAAGAGACGGGCACUGCAGAGGAGGUGGAGAAGUUCAGCAGGCGAACGGUGAGAGUCACGAGGGAGCACAAUGCUGAGGCACAGAGACUGCUGAAGCUGAUGGGUAUACCAUACAUCAUCGCACCGACUGAGGCCGAGGCGCAGUGUGCUGUGCUCGCCCGUGGUGGCAAAGUCUAUGCUGCUGCUUCAGAAGACAUGGACACACUCACAUUCGACGCUCCAGUCUUACUGCGACAUCUCACCUUCUCUGAGCAACGCAAGGAGCCAGUUCAGGAGAUUCACGUUGACAGAGUGUUGGAGGGCCUGGAGAUGGACCGCAAGCAGUUCAUCGAUCUCUGCAUUCUCCUGGGCUGUGACUACGUGGAUCCAGUCAAGGGUAUUGGCCCAAAGGUUGCCCUCAACCUCAUCAAGGAGCACAAGACACUCGAGGCUGUCGUGGAGCACAUCAACAAGACUGGCAAGUACACCCUACCAGAGGACUGGCCAUAUCAGGACGCUCGUCUCCUCUUCCUCGAACCAGACGUUCGACCUGCCGAUCACCCAGACUGCGACUUCAAGUGGGAGGCUCCCGAUGUCGAUGGUCUGGUCAAGUUUCUUGUGGAGGAGAAGGGCUUCUCCGAGGACCGUGUCCGUGGUGGUGCGACUCGUUUGCAGAAGAACCUCAAGUCCGGCCAACAGUCAAGAUUGGAGGGCUUCUUCAAGGUGAAGGAGAAGACUGACGAGGAGAAGGCGAGUCUCAAGCGCAAGAACGACGAGAAGCUUGCUGCUGCGAAGAAGCAGAAGAAAGAGGCUGACAAGGCCAAGAAGGAGGCCAAGUCGAAGCCGAAGAUGAACUCGUGA